AAUAGGCACUUAUGAACUCAUUCCCGUAUAUAACUCAAUAUGGUCAGGAUAUCUUUUCAUAUGACCUUUAGAACGAUUGCCAUUUUGUUACAGUACUGUAACUAUAAUCAGAUAGCUUAAUUAAUACAUAAUACAUUUUUGCUUCCCUAAGUUUUCCCUAAUAAACAUAAAAUGUGUCAUUCUGCAUGUAGUUUAUACGGAAGUCACAGUGCUUUUGUUUCUAUACAAGUCAUCUUUUAAAAUGUCGAACAGUCAUUUCGGAACAGGAAGUGAUGUUCGGAUAAAGAUACGCAGGCCUUCCGUGAGCAUAAAGAAGCAAUUGUAUAUGGGAAGUAAACAAGGUGACACAGCGACGACAUACCAGCGCGUGGAGAAAGGCGCUUGCAAUGGCUACUGGUAAGGAAGACAAUGGAUGUUCUCCUGGUCGAGGUCAUCCCAAAUCGAACCAAACAGAUUGCACGAUCUCAACUCAACCAAGUACAACAAUUAAAGAGAAUGAAAUAUUAUCUACUUUAUCAGACUCUUCCGAUUCCGUUAAUACAACAUAUCUGAACACCACCUCUUCAUUGCAAAGUUCGACGGAGGACCCAUCGGAUUUCAACAGUUCCUCUAUGUUAAUUGUACUUCCGAUAGUCAUAGCUGUUUCUCUUUUCCUUCUUAUCGUCUUUGUGUGCUUUAUAAUCUGCCGGAAAAAGAACAAGAGCCUCCAGAAAGAAACGUAUAACCAAUACUCACAUGUGGACCAAACAGACUUUGUGGAUCCACCUGCAGAUCCUGUACGUAUACCACAGGCAGAAAUUGAAUAUGAAUUUGUAGAGAUUCCUGUGUAUGAACUCGAAAUCUCCGUCCCAAAGUCUUCGAAAGAGUCGGGGUUUUCUGAAACAGAAACUUGCAGUAGUUACUUAAUGGAGAAACAAAUUUUUCCUUCCCCAAACACACUUAUAAAUGGCCCACAGUUCUCUGGUCCGAAAGAUGUAAGUCCAAAUCCCUCUCUAAAUCAUCAUGAAAAUCCACAAUCACCAACCCAGUCGCCAAAUAUGUCGGUCUCUCCCGCGAAUGUUGGAGCAGACGAGAAUUACUUUACUUUGACGCCAGCGACCCCUGGCGGUUUCGUCAUCAAUGAGCCCGGAUUGGAUAGCGGUGAAGGACGUUCGGACUAUUUUACUUUAGAGAAAAUUGACACCUAACUUCAUAAACGCCUUAGUAAUUAUAUCUUACAUUUUGUUUUAGUUAACAACUACAAAAUGUUUUAAAUGUAGACUUAAGGUCAAGAUCUAGUAAAUGAUUGCAGGGACCUUGUCAGACUGUCUUUUUGGUGCUAGAACCAUCAUGACGUCAUAAUGUGAUUUGAUGAAUCUUUUCCCGUGUUUUACAGCUUUAAAGGAAUUCGUAGAAAAUAAAACAAUAUUUUGACAUUCUAUAUUUAAUCACGGGAAAAGUAAUCCCAGUACCUAUAUUCAAUUUGAAAUCAUUUUAAAGAGGAGAUCAAGAGCUUGUUUAAUGCCGUUUUUGGAGAGAGUGUAAGCAUUCUAGAUAUAUUUCAUUUGUCAAAAACGGACAAAACUCCGAGAUUUAUUACUUUAUUCCUUCAUAUUUCAUAGAAAAUGGUUGUUUAAAAGAUGAUUUUUCAUUGCGUUUACCAAAAAUUUAAGCCCCGGUACACCCUAUGAAACAAAGAUAUUGAUAUAAAGCAUAUCUUGAAUUUCAUUAACCUGUAGGCACCUUUCAUUUACUAGAUCUUGACCUUAAUGGUUUUUAAAAGACUUCUUUUAUUAGUUUUUAAAAAUGUAUUUUGUAUGCUUUUUUGUUCCAUUUUACCUGAUUGUAUUCUCAUGUUUUGAUUUGAAAAAUUAAAGUGAUUACACAUAAAACGGAAACUAUUGGUUAUGUCAGCUAUACAUCAUCAUUCAUCAUAGUUGUGUUGAUUUAUCUAAUAGUUUACCACACUGCCAAACUAGAGCCCCACUCUGACCUUCGUGAAAAUGUUACAUUCCAAAAUCAUUAUCUAAUCGAUU